CCAUGGUGGGGGAACUCGAUUAAGUGCGCCAUUGAAAAAAAUUAAUACAGCCAAAAAAAAAAACGUCGGGAUUUUUCUCCCUCUCCAUCACCACCAAAUCCACACAUCACAUAAUGGCUUCCGUGGCUACUGUGACCCUCCCCCUUCCCGCCCUUCCCAGCGGCUGGGCUGCCGACAAGGACUUCAAGGCCAUCGGCAAGCUCACUGAGGCUACUCAGCGAACCAUCGAGCCUGUUGGACCUCACUUCCUCGCCCACGCCCGCCGUGCCCGCCACAAGCGCACUUUCUCUGAGGAUGACCGUAUCCAGGCUCAGGAGAGCACCAAGAACGUCGAGGAUGGCGACGUCAGCGAUGAGAGCGAGCCUGAGGACCCUAUGAUGCUCCAGCGCGAGGCCAAGGACUGGAAGACCCAGGACCACUACAAGAUUCUCGGCCUCUCCAAGUACCGAUGGAAGGCCACUGAGGACCAGAUCAAGAAGGCUCACCGCAAGAAGGUCCUCAAGCACCACCCCGAUAAGAAGGCCGCUCAGGGCCGUACCGAGGACGAUCAGUUCUUCAAGUGUAUCCAGAAGGCCACCGACGUCCUCCUUGACCCCAUCAAGCGUCGCCAGUUCGACUCCGUCGAUGAGGAGGCCGAUGUCGAGCCCCCCACCAAGAAGCAGCUCCAGAAGACCGACUACUAUAAGGCAUGGAGCAAGGUCUUCAAGUCUGAGGCUCGCUUCUCCAAGACUCACCCUGUCCCCUCAUUCGGCAGUGCCGACGCCACCAAGGAGCAGGUCGAGGAAUUCUACAACUUCUGGUACAACUUCGACAGCUGGAGAACUUUCGAGUACCUCGACGAGGAUGUCCCCGAUGACAACGAGAACCGUGACCAGAAGCGACACCAGGAGCGCAAGAACACCAACGCUCGCAAGAAGAAGAAGGCUGACGACAACGCGCGUCUCCGCAAGCUGCUAGACGACGCUUCCGCCGGUGAUGAGCGUAUCAAGCGAUUCCGACAGGAGGCCAACGCCGCCAAGAACAAGAAGCGUUUCGAGCGCGAGGCUGCUGAGAAGAAGGCCAAGGAGGAUGCUGAGGCCGCUAAGCUCGCCGAGGAGAAGGCUCGCCAGGAGGCUGAGGCUGCUGCCAAGGCUGACCGUGAGUCCUCCAAGAAGGCAAAGGAGGCUGCCAAGAACGCUGUCAAGAAGAACAAGCGUGUCCUCAAGGGUUCCGUCAAGGACGCCAACUACUUCGCUGCCGGCGAGCCCACACCCGCUGACAUCGACUCCGUCCUCGGCGAUGUUGAGACCAUCCAGGGCAAGAUUGAUCCUGAUGAGAUUGCUGCUCUUGCUGGUAAGCUCAACGGUCUCAAGGUUGCUGAUGAGAUCAAGGCUGUCUGGGCCGGCGAGACCAAGAGACUCGUCGAGGCUGGUAAGCUCAAGGAGGGUGAUGUUAAGGUCUUGGCUUAAGCGAUGCGUGUUACGUGGUUAGGAAAAAUGAUUGUUGAGUUAUUAUGAUGGGUUCUAGAUAAAAGUAGAUACGACGAUAUGUUUUCUAGAUCAGAAUAGAACGAGCUCUAGACUUUGUUCAGGCUACGUUUUGAUCCCA